UUGGUCGCUAGUGAGACUCGCUGCAGAAGCAGAUAAACAAUAUGAACUGACACGGUGAAACCGUUAACUUUAGGAAAAUCAAGUACAUGUCCUCUUUCUAGUUGCAGUCGUCCCACAACGCCAUAGUUAUGGCGCGAGACUGCACUACACGAAGUUUGGACAAUAUUGAUCUCUCUGCUUUGAGGGAUCCUGCUGGGAUAUUUGAGCUGGUAGAAGUGGUUGGAAAUGGAACAUAUGGGCAAGUCUACAAGGGUCGACAUGUGAAGACAGGACAGCUGGCUGCUAUCAAGGUCAUGGACGUGACAGAGGAAGAAGAAGAGGAAAUCAAAUUAGAGAUGAAUAUGUUGAAGACAUAUUCCCAUCAUAGGAAUAUAGCUACAUACUAUGGUGCCUUUGUGAAGAAGAGUCGUGCAGGUCAGGAUGACCAGCUCUGGCUGGUGAUGGAGUACUGUGGGGCGGGCUCAGUCACUGACCUAGUGAAGAAGACUAAAGGGAACAGCCUAAAGGAGGACUGGAUCGCCUACAUCUGCAGGGAGGUCCUCCGAGGCCUGUCUCACCUCCACUCACACCACGUCAUUCACCGUGACAUCAAAGGCCAGAACGUGCUGCUAACUGAGAAUGCGGAGGUCAAGCUGGUUGACUUUGGGGUGAGUGCUCAGCUGGACAGGACGAUAGGGAGGAGGAACACCUUUAUUGGGACUCCGUACUGGAUGGCCCCUGAGGUCAUUGCCUGUGACGAGAACCCAGACUCAACCUACGACUACAGGAGUGACCUGUGGUCUCUGGGAAUCACAGCUCUGGAGAUGGCUGAAGGAGCACCACCCUUGUGUGACAUGCAUCCCAUGAGAGCCCUGUUCCUCAUUCCUCGCAACCUGCCCCCCAAGCUCAAAUCAAAGAAAUGGUCCAAGAAGUUAAUGACCUUUGUGGAGAGCUGUCUGGUGAAGAACUACCUCCAUCGUCCCGUUACAGAAACCCUCCUAAGGCACUCGUUCAUCAAAGACCUGCCCAACGAACGGCAGGUCCGCAUCAUGCUCAAAGACCACCUGGACAGAACCAGGAAAAAGAGAGAUAAAGAGAGCCCAGAGUAUGAAUACAGCGGCAGUGAGGAUGAGGAGGAGGAGAUUAACGAAGAGGAAGGUGAACCCAGCUCCAUAGUGAACCUGCCGGGGGAGUCCACUCUGAGAAGAGAGUUCCUGCGUCUUCAGCAGGAGAACAAGAACUGGUCAGAAGCCCAGCGACAGCAGCAGGUCCUGCAGCAGCAGCUCCGGGACCAGGAGAGUUACAAACAGCAGCUGCUGGCCGAGAGGCAGAAGAGGAUCCACCAGCAGAAGGAGCAGCGCAGGAGGCUGGAGGACCAACAGAGGAAGCAGCUGCAGGAUUCUGGGUUCCAAUGGCCAGAACUACAGGAGAUGCUAUGGAGGGAGGAGACUGAAGCUAAUGACAGAGGUCUAUUGGAUGAAAGGAACAAGAGAAGUGACAAGAGACGGGUGGAGGAUCGUGGCAGACAGUGGGUUGAUGUCGGAGGAAGGCCUGCAGGUCCUGUAGCUGAACAGAGGAGGACCGAGCCUCCACCUCCACAGCCUCAUCCUCAGCAGCAGCCCCAGCAGCAGCAGGGUAAAAAGUUCCACCGCACGCUGCCCAAAGACCAGACGCAGCUGCUUUCACUUCAGCACGACCACAGGCACAAAAAGAGGGAGCCCCACAAGGCUGCUAGCGCCACGCAUAACUGCCCCUCAAAUAGCCAGCUCAAAGUGAUGGAGAUGGACAGGGUGAAGGUUUCUGACAGCUGUCAGGCCAACCUGAACAGAGUGCUGACUGGGAUGCCCCUCCCCCUGCGUGUCCAUACCAGACUGAGCUCUGGGAGCAGCUCCAGCCCCUGUACCCCUGCCACGCAGAGGGCUGCCAUACAACAGAAUGCCAAUCUUGGCUCCAGUCGAGACACCCUUCACAGCAGCUCUAUGUCUGACAUGGCCACCACUCCCAUGUCUCCUACGUUUGAUGAUGUCUUCUGGGACUUCCCAAGGUCUGUGGAGCACCCACCAAAGGUUCCGGAGCGUACAACAUCCAAAUCAUAUUGCAAAGAGCUGAUGAAUCAUCACCGGACAGGGUUGAGUGGGGCCCCUCAGUCUCCUGCGGAGAAGGGUGGGAAGUCCAUGUCCUCUCAUGGCAGCUCCAGUAGCAGCUCCCAGUCAGGUUACUUCAAGCUGGAGAGCCCUCUGCUGCAGAGCCGUCUUCAGCAGUACAAGAAGUCUAAGGAGAAUUCUCCUGGAGUCCUUCUUCAGCAACAUGGUUUCGGCCACUUCUCUGGGCUUACGUCUAAUCUCAGUCCGUUUGUCAAGGCAACAGAGUACUCCUCUUCUAGCGAUGAAGUUGGGAGUAGUGACGAUGAUGAGAAAACCCGGUCUCCGUUGAAUGGGAAAGGAAUGUUCUUCCGUGGAGCCCCUGAUGGGAUUGUCCUGCAGCCCCACCAUAAUCUUAACCAGACCCCGCAGAGCAGCGUGGCAUCAGGCCUUAAGAGUGGCCAGCCACUACACAGGCUCAUUGCUAUAGGAUCAGAAUGCAAUGAGAAUUACCUUCUCCCUGAUCUCCUGCAGAAGAGCCCGGCCCAUGAGCCCAUGGCGCAGCACGGCCCACAUGACGUCAUCUACCCCCAGUCUCCGAGCAGACGAGGACCACAUUCUGACAAACCUGUAAACUGUCCUCCAGGGAAAAGCAACUCGUCCUCCUCCUUCACUCCCUUCAUAGACCCCAGGCUGCUGCAGAUCUCUCCCCCUCAGAGCCCAGUGGGCCACAGUCCCACCAGUGGCAGGCCACCUGCUAUUCAGGACCCAAUCAGGAGAGAGGGCCACAGAAAGGGCUCCGUGGUCAAUGUAAACCCCACCAACAUCAGACCCCAGAGUGAUACCCCCGAGAUCCGCAAGUACAAGAAGAAGUUCAACACCGAGAUCCUCUGUGCUGGCCUGUGGGGUGUGAACCUGCUGGUGGGGACAGAGAAUGGUCUGUGGCUGCUGGACAGGAGCGGUCAGGGGAAGGUCUACUCUCUGAUCAGCAGGAGACGCUUCCAACAGAUGGACGUUCUGGAGGGCCUCAACGUGCUCAUCACCAUCUCAGGUAAAAAGAACAAGCUGAGGUUGUACUACCUGUCUUGGCUGCGGAACAAGAUCCUUCGGAAUGACCCAGAGGUGGAGAAGAGGCAGGGCUGGACCUCUGUAGGGGACCUGGAAGGAUGUGUGCACUACAAAGUCGUUCGAUAUGAGAAGAUUAAGUUCCUGGUGAUUGCCUUGAAGAAUGCUGUGGAGGUGUACGCAUGGGCUCCCAAACCUUACCAUAAGUUCAUGGCUUUCAAGUCGUUCGGCUCGCUCCCCCAAAGGCCUCUGUCCGUGGACCUGACGGUGGAGGAUGGACAGAGACUUAAGGUCAUCUACGGCUCCCUGUCGGGCUUCCACGCCAUCGACGUUGACUCGGGGACGCCCUAUGACCUCUACCUGCCCACGCAUAUCCAAGGUGUGAUCCGGCCUCAUGCCAUCAUCAUCCUACCCAACAGCAGUGGCAUGGAGGUGCUGGUGUGUUAUGAGGACGAGGGGGUUUACAUAGACACCUACGGACGCAUCACCAAGGAGACAGUGCUGCAGUGGGGAGAGAUGCCUGCAUCUGUCGCCUACCUGCAGUCCAACCAGGUGAUGGGCUGGGGAGACAAAGCCAUCGAGCUGAGGUCAGCUAACACAGGCAACCUGGAGGGAGUCUUCAUGCACAAGAAGGCCCAGAAACUCAAGUUUCUUUGUGAGAGGAAUGACAAGGUGUUCUUUGCCACGGUGCAGUCUGGGGGCUGCAGCCAGGUCUACUUCAUGACACUGGGCCAAAACUCCCUGUUCAACUGGUGAGCUCUGUGGCUUAAAGACAACAUACAGUGAUCAUCUCAGAAACAACAUGAAUUAUACUCAGAAACAUUCUUAAACACUGAAUUUACACUUUAGUAAUACAGCUACAUAAUCCCAUGCAUAUGAGAAUACAGUAUUUUCAAUCAGCAUAAAUUAAGUAUUUUUGUGUCUAAGGCCACCACAUUGGUUUCAAGUCUCUAGCUAUAGUACUUCAAAUGGAACUGACAGCAUUUAAGCGACACAAAAUCUUAUUAAAAUAUGUUCAUAUACACCCCCAGGAAGAAUAUUACAUUUUUUAAAACAUUUUCUGACAAGCGAGCACUUAGAUAUGGUCAUUUAGAUAUUGAAUGUUUGGGAAUAUAUAGAAUGUUUGGGAAUUACGUAUACUAAGGCAUUUGUGAAAAUUCUAUAGCAAUAUAGAGUGGGAAAGCGGCCGGGCAUUUUGACAAUUAAUAGACACUGCAGUAAAUAAAACCUAAUAAAAACAUCUGUCACGUCCAAGACCGGAGUCUACGCAGACUGGUUCACCAUAGCCAAUCUUUCAACUGGACUGUGUGUUUAAAGGCAGUAGCAACAGCUCGACUUUAGAUCAUUAGAACACAUGGAUUUCUGCAAAUGCGUAAAUACCACAGGAGUCCUCUUACAUUUCAGAACUCAACAGUCCUAUUAAUCAAACAACCAUGAAAAGGUAGGCUCUCUCUCCCCCAGUUAUGCACAUCAACAACUAAUGCUAGCCAGAGCAAGAUGAGCUAAAAAUUUAACGAAGCAACAUUAGAUAAACCCUCUCAACAUUUUUCAGCUAAUUACUCGUCAGAAUUGCACUGAUACAUUAUGGGGAAUUCUACAGCUUGCCUGCCAAUGCAAUUCAUUAUUGUCUUGCCAAUGCAAUUCAUUAUUGUCCUAACCAAGCCCCCAAGCUAACUGGUUAAAGUUGGCUGGUUUGCUAGCUAGCUACUUCCAGAAAUAAAUGAGAGAAUCUCACUCUGACCAUUUUACUCGCCCUUUCCAAAACGGGUUAGGCUGUUUACGAACGCAAGAGAUGUGCUAACUGGAUAACAGUCGUUCAGGUUCUAGCUAGCUAACCAAAUGAGACCUGCAUCUCUAGCUAUGUAUAGCCACCAUAAACCGAUAUGAGGGGAAAAGGUCAUUCACUCACUCACUCCUCCAAUUACGUUACAUGUCAUCCUAUCUAGCUAGCGUUAGGCUCUGUUUUUAGCUUGCUACAUAAAUAGAUAUGCUAGCCUAUUAGCCAUGAUAUGACUGACUUUUGAUAAUGUCCUUUGCUAGUUUGAUUGUAUUGAUAUUCCCAGCCUAAGUUACAUUCGUCCGUUUUUGUCCAAAAUAUUGAGUAAUUGAAACUGAAACAGAGCAUCCCGAAUGGAGGCAGCAAACAAUGUACCCACCCAACCUGAUAGCGAUAUUUUUGGGACUACCAAGAAAUGUAUUGGUUAAUUACAUUAAUCAUGCAGUGAACUGCAUCCAUCUAUUCUGCUAACAAUGCCUUAGUGUACAUCAAGAAAUAUUGAGUCAAAUAGAACCUAUUUUUAAAGUUGGUUUUGUAGGAUAAACUGGGAAUUUGAUAUUUUGGACUGAUAUUAUGAUUGUCUGUUUGUUUCAUAUCUGCAAAGUGCUUAAAAUACUGUCAGUUCCACUUUAAGAAGUGAGUCUUGUGCCUUAAAGAAAUGAUUCACCCAUUUUGAAUGUUUUAUCAUAUUUGUACAUCUCUGAGCGAUGUUCAAAACAUUUUAUGUUUUCAUGUGUUUCUAAGCUAUUCGUCAUUGAAAAAAUACAGCCGGUAUGUGUCGCUGCACAGGGCUUCUUGUUUAUAUCUAGAAAUACACCGGCAACCUACAUUUGAUUUCAUAUUUUGAACUUAAUAUCACAUGGACUAAAAAAUGCACAAUUGCUUAUAUUUUUACAUCCAAAAUGGAUCAAAUCAAUUUUUGUUAAUUGGGUCUCGGCGUAUUCAUCAUUUUAUUAUUAGUAAGUGCCAUUGUUCGUGUUAAAUCCUGAGAUAUUUACCGUUCAGUAUUAUGUGUUUUUAAGGAUGCACAGUUGUAGAUACCUCAGGUCAGGAAAUGUACAUCUAUUUUACCUACUCGAAAGAGAUUCCCUUACUGAAGAGAGCAUUAGAAAUACUACAGAGAUUAGUGGGCUAGCAAUCAUCUUUAAUAGUAGACACCGAUACUGCAAAUUGCUUGUCCUUAUCUGUCCCACUUGGUUUUAAAUGAAGUCGUUUUAUGGCCCCAACAAUUCAAAUGGUGGAUGCUGAGUUUAUGAUCUGAUCUCCACUUUCUAGUCAUAAUUCAGAUAACCAAAUAGGCAUUAUAUACCCUGUCGCAUCUCUUGAUCUAAAACUGAUCAUGUUUUACAUGAAGUAGUUUUUAGAAAGAAGAAAUCAAAGGAGGAAGAAAAGGAUCAUUAUGUUGGCCUUGUGCUGUGUAAAGUCUUUUUGGACGGAAGUGGCUGUACAUAUUAUUUGCACUGUUUUAUAGAUAUUUUAUAUCCACUGGUCAUCGCUACAGUUUAAUGGGGUUUCAGAUGAUCUAGCCCUUUGCACUACGACCACUUUGGUAAAUGUUCGCUCUACAAUGCUUUAUUGUCACAGUCUUAUACAUUUGAAGUAAUUUAUUUUCAACAUUAAAUGGUAAAUGUUCGAUGUACAAUGCUUUAUUGUCACAGUGUAAUACAUUUGAAGUCCUUUAUUUUCAACAUUAAACAGAGAUUGCAUUUGAUUUAGAUAAAGCUAUAACGUCUAUUUGAUAUGCCAUGAUCUAAAAAUGAUGUGAAAACAGCGAUAGGCUUUCAACUCUUAAGAUUGUCAAACAUAUGUGACCCACCACAUGGACUCGGUCCUAUGUAGCCAAAUUUGAAAUAGUUUUUUACAUUGGAUAAAAGUAGAAACUCAGAGCUAUAAAAUUAUAUAUAAUACACUGCAGUUGAGGAACAAUGGGAAAGUAAUUUUGCUUUGAAUUGUAACCCCACUUUUGAGAAAAUGACCCUUGAUAUUUUUGGUGUACCGACUGGAGAGCUCUUCUUUGUCUACACCCAUUCAGCAUCGUUCACACCCUGUUAAGCCUUAGCCCCUCCCAUUUCUUUAACGAUUCACUUGUGAGUCCAUGUGCACAGCAGAGUGUGUAGUUUAGUAAACAACCAAAGAUUUCAAGACUAAAAGUGGUAAAAGUAGAAGCCUACAUGGUGCAGGUCAUGUUCUUCUUCACAUUACUGUCUCUGGUAAACACACACUAUAUCUAAUAAAAUCUCAGUUUAUGUGUCACAUGAACAGGAUACAGAAGGCGUAAACAGCACGGUGAAAUGGUUACUUGCAUAUUUGCACAGUAGCAAUAUCAAAAACAAUGUGUCCAGAUAAUUGUUAGAUGAUGCUUACCCAGACACACUUGUUUAAAUUGAUGGGUCAGGUGAAAGAAAUGCUAUAACCCCCCCCCCCCCCCCACACACAUCAAGAUAAGUGGAUGAGUCACUAUUGUCUACACAUGUUCAUGAAAUACAAAAGAUGGCUAUAAUCAACCCCAUACACCUAUCUAACUUGAUGGGUCUUGUAAUCAUCUGGCAAAGUGGAGUCUUUUGUUUAGACAUGUAGCUAGCUAGCUAAACAAUGAACCGGAUUAAUCUCAACUCAUACUAAUACCAAUACAAACUGAUUGUUAUAGCUGUAGUAUGAAUAUGCAGAUAUUUAAAGCUAACCAACUAGGUUCAAUGUUAGCUAGCUAGCUAACAUUGGGCUAUAACUAGCAACGCAAAUGGCUUUCUGAUUAAAAAAAUAUUACUACACAGAUAGGUUCAACUGGAACCAUUUAACUUACUUUUGUAGCUACAGUACAUCUUGUUUAGCCAGCACUGUGUAAAGUCACUCCGGUUCACACUGACCGUGGCGUGUGCAGAAAAUAGCCCAUCAUAACGUUUUCCAACUGAUCGGUCCAUAGCGCCUGCUAAAUUCAGGGCAUCAAUUUUGUUGAGAAAAGAAGCCAAACUUUUGUAGUUCUCGAUGGCUAAUGUUAUAUCUUUCAAAAAAUCUGCAGUAGAAAGGAUUAUCAACACAUACUGAGCAGCUCACAUUAUAGACAGAAGCAACCUACAUGGCAGACCAAUCCAAACUCAUCUCCCGGCAUCUCCAGCCCAUCCAUUAUCUCAACAAAUCAUGGCUAGCAGGAAUGUUCCUGUCUUUUUCCAGGGUUAAACCAACUAGGCUCGUAAUUUAACAAUGUUAUUCGUAUUUACAGAUGGAAUACCAGUUUGUUAUUCAGGCACAUGAAAGUUUACAUGUUCCAGAAGGCAUUUAUGUAAAAAAAUAUAUAUAAAAGGAAGCGUUUUGAUUUAAAAAAUGAAUUCAUUAAAAUGCCUCUCCUGUGAAGUAGUGACAUGCAACAUACGCCUAGCUUCCUGAAAUGGGUCACAUACACUCUUUUGUAGAAAAUGUUUGGUUAUGAACAUUGAAAUGUGCCACAAUUGUGAAAUGUUAACUCAAAUCAAUUGCAUUUGAAUCCAGUUGUUAUUAGCUUUUUCUUCCCCCAUUAUGCUAAAUGUUUUGCCACCAUUAGACAUCUAGUUUGGGCAGUUAUUUUAUGUUUAUGAUAGAAAUACUGCAGCUGGUUCUAUGAGCAUAUUGUCAACUGAAAAUGAACUUUUUCAAGACACAAUUUGAUAUGAUGUUGUAUUCUUCUGUGAGAAUUCACUCUUGAAGUGUAUUCAACUGACAAGAUAUUUAGGUUAGAAGGGAAUCAGUUUCACGUAGCAUUUUCAAGUAUAUUUACCCUAUAAUGAUUAGGUUUCCAAGAACUGAUGCUUUCACUAUCAUUGGUCUAAUCAUUGGUCUAAGUAUUUUAGAAAAUAGUAAGAGCACUCAAUUGAUAUCUCUUUCAUUUGACAUGUAUGAUGGAAAUUUUAUCAUUUGUCAGAUUUUGAAUAAGGGAUUCAAUGGGUAGAGUUAAACACAUUUUUGUAAUUAACUUAAACCUUUUUUUAAUGCCCAAAUAGAACUUGUGACAGUGAGUCAAUAUGAUUGCAUCUCCAUUUGUAAAAAGUUGGUGAUUAUUUCUAUAGACAAAAAGGGGGAUUUUAAGCGGAAUUUGUCAUGUCUGACAUGUUACUGAGUUAGAUAAUACUUUACCAACAGACAUUUGUUUUGCAGUUGAGGAUUGUGAGUCAUAGCACUCUCUGUCAUUUCUCCCCCUAUCCACUCCCAUACCUCAUGAAGUGCUCUUGUGUGAGAUCAUUGUCCUCUUGAGAGCUUUGUACUGUAGGAAGGACUGAGGAAGUUGGUGAUGGUUUGUGUCAGGUGUGCAUCGUGUAGCUGUGAAGAGUCCUUUCUGCUUUAUAUGAUGCAGAGCCAAUUUAGUUUUUGUUCUUGGGGAAUUUGAGUUAGAAGACAAAAUAAUUCUGAAAGGAUUUCAAUUUUGAGGUUUUCCCCAGCAAAAUAUAUCUAUUUUAGUGUCAAAAACGUAAUGAUAAAGGUUGGCCAAAUUAUAUUGAUAAAUAUCCACAACAUAUAUUGUUUCGUUACCUGUUCUUUUCCCAUUUUGUUUUUGAAAUUGUAUUGAAAAAUUAUGUUUAUUUUAUUUUGUCCUUUGUUUUGUCUUAGUUUUGCUUUAUUUUUGCACUGGAACUUUCGUAUCAUUUGUACAGCAUGUACUGUAUACCCAACCGCUGAAAUGAAUUAGUAACACUAAUUGAGGUGUUAUUAUGUAAAAAUACUGUUGAACAAUAAAAUACGUUGUAUACAA